AUGCCCUUCGACCGAGGCACCCAGGCGGCACUGCUGAAAUGGGUCAACACGUUCCCCAUCGACCGGCCGGCCGAGUCGUUCGAUGACCUCCUUGACGGCGCCAUCCUCGCCCAGAUGCUCCGGGACCUCGACCCCAGCUACGACCCCUCCGAGCUCGACGACAACGUCGGCUCCUCGCGGUGGCUCACGAGGAAGCGCAACAUACAGUCCGUCUACAAGGGCCUCUUCAGCUACAUCAAGCGCGAGAACCCGGACCUCGCCCACCAGGCCCACACGGCCGACUUCCGCGCCAUUGCGGAGAACCCUGAUGCCGAGGGCAUCUGUCAGGUGAGUUUACGUCCGGACGAGGAGCCGCCCAGGGGCCCCGUUGAUACUGAUGCCGUCACGCAGAUCCUGUCCGUCUUCGUUGCCGCCGUCGCCUUCCACAAUGACCAGGCCACUCGGCAAAAGUACAUCGUGGCCAUGCAGACCAAGCUCGACACGAAGAGCAUGGCCGCCCUCGCGAACGUGAUCCAGGAGAAGGAGAAGGACAUGGCGAGGGCGCAAGCUGCGGCGGCGCGAGAGGAGAUCAUCGAGGCGAGCAUGGCAGGCCGAGACCCGGGCUUGGAGGCGGAGGAGGAACAUCUCAGACUCAAGACGGAGCUGGAGGAGAAGAGGCGCGAACUGGACUACACUACCAAGAAGUACGCCGACCUCCUGUCAGGCCACGAACGCCUACAAGAGACAAAUGAAGAAAUCUCCGCAAAGCUCAAGGCGGUGGAGACUCAACUUGAAGAGCUUCAGGAACUCCACGGGGCGGACGAGUCGCGGCAGAUCAAGAUGCUUCAGGACAAGCUACGGGAACAGUCACAGCUCAUCGAGAAUCAAGAAGCAGAAGCCGAGGCUUAUAGGAUAGCCAAGGAGAGGCUCGAGUCUGAGGUGGCGGAGCUAAGGCUGAAGUCGGCCAAAGCUGAUCGUCUCCAGGACCAGUAUGACGAGCUGAAACACGGAAGAGAAGAAUUGGAGAAGAAAGCAAAUGCGGCUGAUCGCUACAAGGAGAAGCUCAAGGAGCAGAAGAAGCUGGAGCAGCAAAACACAGAACUCCGAUUUCAAUUAGAUGCACUCAAGGAGGGACAGAGUCAAUUCGAGUCUCUCAUGGAAGAAAAGAGGAGGCUUGAGCAGACGCAAAAGCAGACAAUCGAUUCGCUGGGGCAGAGCGAGGGCCACCUCUGGGAGCUCAGAGAGCAAAAACAGACCCUAGAGAAUGUAUUCAAGGAGCUACAGGUACAGUAUGCCGCUCUUCAGGAUAAGAACAACCUGAACGAGAGCUACAUUGCCGAGUUGAGGGAGCAAUUAAGCAAUGGCGGCGCUGCUCCUCCGGCCUCUGCUGGAACGCCAACAGCUACUCACACUGCGUUUAACCUGGAAGAAGAACUACAACACAGCACUGACCCUACAGCACUACUCAAAUCACAAUUAAGCCGCUUGGAGGCCGAGAAUAAUCUUCUGAGGCGGAACCUCGGUGUCGGUGUGCAAAAUGAGCAGUUGAGGGCAGAUCUUGAGGUUGCAAAACAGAGAGAAGAGCUUCUGCAGAAGAAGUACAACGAUGUUUUCGAGAAACACACAGUCGCGCAGGAGCAGAUCCAGGCUCUUAUCGACAAAAUACCUGGCAAAGAGUUAGUGCACUGCAUCGAAGACUGUCUUCACUUUGGCAAGCUCUCAAUACUCACGUCGGACUACUACAGGCACGAGGCAUACCAAAACCUACGAAAGACGACUCUCGAAGCCGAGCAGCAACUUUCACAGGAACGAGCGAAGUCUCGGGAUCUCGAGGCCGAGGUCAAGGACAAAGACCGUGAACUGCUUAGUGUCAAGACCGAUUUGGAUGCCGUUGAGAAAGAUCAAACGGAGGCUCUUGAGGUGCUGAAGUCAACUGACAACCUCAUAUCUGAAUCACUCAGGUCCGAGCUCGAGUCGCUGCGGAAGCAGUACAAGACUUUGCAGCUCGAGAAUGAUCAGCAGAGGACGCAGCUGAUCGACGCGCUCGUCUCCAAGGACAAGCUCCGCAAGGAACUGGACGAGACGCCUGCUCCUACCGCGCCAGUCGAGACACCUGCGGGAACCGACCCAGCGGUCGAGGAGGCACUCAAGUCCUCCAAAUCCAAGAUCGAGAAGCUGCGGGAUCGUGUCAAGCAGCAAAAGGAGCAACUGGAGAAGGCCGACCAGGAGAGAUACGAUCUCCAGCGGCGGCUCAAGGCUGCAGAGCAAGGAGGGGCGUAUGCGGCGCAAAAGGCCACCUCGGACCAGAUUAUCAAGAACCUGCAGCGCGAGAAUGCUCUGAUCACCACUGCUUGGUACGAUCUCACCGCUCGUCUACAGAGCAACCACGUGGUGCUGCAGCGACGACAGGACAUGCCCAAGAGCUGGCUCAACAAGCAGCGGCAGAUGGUCAAUGGUGAGCGCCUCCCUAAAGGCUUGUCAUCUAUUCUCGUCUUUGAGUGA